UGUCUUGAAAAACCGCCGGUUCCACUCGAAAAUUAUCACAGUUUGUUUUUAUUUCGGAUACUUGGACUAACUUAGUAUUAUCCGAGUGACAAAGCUUUGUUAUAAUAAAACGCAGUUGUGCCAAGCUAUUUCUGUGUCUUGCCAUUAUGUUACCAGGAGAACAUUGGAGAGGGGUAUAGAAAUCUAUCUAUCCCGGACUGUUCCUGCAUCUGCUACUGUGUUAGUGUGUUACCCGAAACCUGUUGACUACCCCUUCAUCCGGUGUCCAGAGGAAACUUCCGGUUUUGGUGAUAGCAGUGGUUGUGAUAUUGCGGAUUCAUGGGCAAAGUUCAUGAGUUUCUUGUGACUUUGAGAAGGAAUUCGCCUACGGAACAGUGGGGAUUUAGUCUGGUUGGGGGUGCGGAUGUCCAAACUCCUCUUAUAGUGACAAGGGUCGGAUUCGGUUCACCAGCCGAUGGAGUUCUUCAAAGGGGAGAUAUCAUCAGUAAAGUAGGAAACUAUGAUGCCAGAGAUAUAAGGCACCAGGACGCACAAAAUCUCUUCAAGAAUUCUGGGAAUAACAUUAGAGUUGUAGUACAAAGAGACACUUCCGUCAAACAUCCCACAAGCACAGGAUCGUCACGAACCAGUUCCCAUAACUACAGUCCACUUUCCGUAUCACCGCAUUUAUCCCCAAGGGGCACUUCAUCCACAUACAGUCCUGGGGGCUCAGCACUGACGCCUUAUUAUUCCUCACCCCUUCCGCCAAUAGACGACAACUAUUUCGACGUCUUAGAUUACACCCCUGGGUCACAUAAACGAACUGAAGAUGGCGAGAUACACGUAACGAAACAGCCAUAUCGUACAACACCUUUAGUCCUUCCAGGUGCAAAGGUGAAGCGGGAACCAGGACCUACUGAAAGUUAUUUACGUCACCAUCCUAAUCCUGCUGUUAGAGCAGCACCCCAUCAUUUAGACGGUGAACUUUUACUGAAACAGAAGGUGGCGAAUUCAGUUUUGGACAGGCUGUCGACAGGGGACCCAAAUAAACAAAUCGUUCACAAGCAAUUCAAUUCACCUCUACCCUUAUAUAGCGAACCAAAUGUUGUCGAUACGAUCAGGAAACAAACUGGGGUUUCCCCGAUUAAAAAAUCGGUUAAAUUUAACCCUGCAGAAAGUGAAACUUACAAAGCCAUACAAGAAGAGCAAUUAGGGCAGGAAGUGCACGAAUUGAAACCUGCCCCAACGAAGGUUUACACCCCUCAAGCAAAGAAGUCGACCACUGUGAACCAGCAUCCUCCCUAUGCCAACUCUAUUGGACAGGAUGACGUAAUUCACCAAAGUGGAUCUUUUAGAAGACUCAUGAUGAGCGUAUUACCCGAAACAAGCUACUAAAUUAGGAUACGAACAAGAAAAUGUAACUUUUUUCCAACUGUCAUAAUUUUCACUAAUAUAAAGAAUAUACCACAUCGAAAUUUUCAUCAUUUUGAUUUUGAGUAUUGAAGACUUUCUCGAAGAAUUACUGAUAAAAUAUUUAUUAUAUUCUCAAUUCUUGUGAAAUGACGGGUAUGAAGAAUAAUCUGAAAAUUUGUGUAUGGAUGUGUUGGAGUUUUAAUAUUUGAAUAUAUAUUUUAUGUUAAGGGUUGGAUCAAACCAUGUACAGAGCCAGUGAAAAUUUUCCAAAUUUUUCUGAUAUUCACCGACUGUGCUGAGGUACAAAAUACCGAAUGCGCAGGUUCAUAAAUUGAUAUCUUCCAAAGGUUCGUUUAUCUUUAAAUGCAUACGACUUUUGACUUCAAGAAUUAACACAGAGGAAAUUUUACAUUGUUUCUUUUAGAAUGAUUAAUUAAUUAGUUUUCGAGGCUCACAAACAGUUGUACAAUUUUCCACAUUGGUUUGAAUCCUACUCAAUUCACGUUGUGUUGUGAAAUCAGCUUAUUCGCUGAAGCAAAUAAUAUGUGAUUUCGCCUAUAGCCAUUUCUAGAUUGUAAUAAUAUGUACAUUUUUGUUAUUUUAAUAAUUUCCUUAUUUUGAAAAUUUUCGAAUCGAGUGUAAUCUAGUCAGAUUGUUAGUUUUAGUUCGUCACGCUUUGUGAUUCGAUUAAGGAUUCAAUUUCUGUUUCUUCAUAAUUUAAGUUAUUGCACGAGUCGGGAAAGGAUUGUUAUUCAUGUACCUAUAACUAUUUAUUUAUUUAUUGAGGUAGAAUAAAUAUAUAUUUAUGUAA